UUCAUCCUCCACCUGAAGCUGAUGUGGACACAAACACUAUUCUUCCUUUGAUGUCAGAGGGAGAGAGUCCUCUGCUUUUGCUCGCAUCUAACGAGGUUGGAGAGCGACUCUUCCUUUUUCGGCCAGGCCGCUUUAGGGCACGGCAGGGCGGAGAAGGAGCGACGCGGGGUUCGGUGCCGGAGCGGUCUGCGGAGCUCUGGCAGCGACUGCUUAAUGAAGGAAAGAGCCGCGGGCUGAUUACAGCACCGAGACAAGCUGCAGGAGGAAAUCCGAGGAGCUGAUUCUUUCAGAGUGAGCUGCAAAGGAGCAUUCACCAUGUUUCUGUGCGUGUGUCUAAUAUGGACACAGCUGCUGCUCACAGAAUCAUCUUCCAAUGAGGCCUCACCUUUCCGCCACUUGGGUCGUUUCCCUCCAUCUCUGUAUGGUCAUCAGGAUGUGAACAAACUGCCAGAGUUCCAGCACCACCUCCAUCAUCAUCGUCACCAUCAGCACCCUGCCAGAUUAGCCAAAGACCUACCUGAUGGUCUGUUUCCUCAGGAGCCCGCCGGCCAGCAAAGCCUUAACCUGCUGGCACGACCACAUCACGAGGUGCAGCCGGAGCAUGCUGCUAUAUCCGCACGACAUUUAGUUACUGUGUACCUGGCUGUGGAUGUGAGAAGGCUGAACGUCAGUCUUCUUCGGUGGUUUCGGGAGGGUGUAGCGGCAGCGCUGGGCGUUCCUGUGGGCCACGUCCACAUCAACCAGCUGAAUGAGAAGAAGAAUGGUAUCGAGCUGUUUGUGUCCUCCGAUAGGCUGGGGAUCUCCGAGCCCCGCCCCGCCGAGGAGGUCAUCCAAUCACUGAACGUCAGGGUGCUUCAUCGCCACCUGGGACACUUUGGCAUCACCGAGGUCUCCACUGAGAAAAACGUCCUUCAGGGCGAGCAGCGGGACCACGUGUGGAGCAGAGAAGGCUUUUAUGCUGUCGUCCUCUUCUUCACUGUAUUCGUCAUCGUCAUCACCUGCUUGAUGGUUUUGUACCGACUGAAAGAGAAGGUGCAGGUUUCUGACAGACAGCUGAAAGCUCCACCCCCUGACCUCCAUCUAACCCCGACAAUACCUCUAGACCCCGCCCAGAGGUCAAAGGGCACCGAGGUGAUCGUUUCAGGAAGCAUGGUCCAAGCUGAGCUCCUGCCUGCUGUAGCCACACCCAUUCCCCAGCAACAGCCAAUCGCAGCCUGCCACCGCCUCGGUCCACCUGUCGUCCCUCUGCCAAGGUUAUUUUAUUUAAUGUACAGGAGGAAUGAGACUGAGCUUUUAAAACGUGGCUCUAAUGUCUCCCUGGUGUUGGACAUGUCUGCUCUCGGCACUGUGGAGCCCCUUAACGUCGCCGUGGUAACCCCCAGGGAGGCAGCAGCCAGGGAGUACCUGCUGUCGGCCGGCCGGCCGCUCACCCGACAGCAACUGCGCGACAUCGUUAACAACACCCACAAGCUGCACGCCGAGUUCGCUGAAAUCCCAAUGAACCUCAUAGAUCCCAAGGAGCUGGAUAUUCCAAAUCAUGGGACCAAGAACAGAUAUAAGACCAUAUUGCCCAACCCUCAUUCCAGAGUGAUCCUAAAGUCAAAGAGCUCCAACGACCUGCUGAGCACCUACAUCAAUGCUAACUACAUACGGGGUUAUUUGGGGGACGAUAAGGCGUACAUCGCCACUCAGGGUCCUAUGGUGAACACAGUGAAUGACUUCUGGCAAAUGGCCUGGCAAGAGGAGUCACCAGUUAUUGUCAUGAUAACCAAACUGAAGGAGAAGAACGAGAAGUGUGUUCUGUACUGGCCGGAGAAAAGAGGCAUCUACGGGAAGGUUGAAGUGUUGGUGAACAGCAUCAGAGAGUGCGAACACUACACAACUCGCAGCCUCACGCUCAAGUGUGGGAACCAAACCCGCUCUGUGCAGCAUUACUGGUACACAUCGUGGCCUGACCACAAAACCCCGGUCUCAGCACUGCCGCUGCUGCAGCUCAUGACUGACGUAGAGACGGACAGACGGGCCGCCACCACCGUGGGACCAGUUAUAGUCCACUGCAGUGCUGGGAUUGGGCGAACGGGAUGCUUCAUCGCCACGACGAUAGGCUGCCGGCAGCUACAGCUGGAAGGAGUGGUGGAUGUACUGGGCAUCACCUGCCAGCUCCGAGCCGACAGAGGAGGCAUGAUCCAGACAGGUGAGCAGUAUGAGUUUGUCCAUCAUGCCUUGAGCCUAUAUGAAGCCCGUCUAUGUGCAGAAACUGGCCAGUGAGGUUUAUCCACCUGACGAAGGUACAAAUUUAACCUGGAAGUGUGCUAAAACAGUCCUCUGCAGGUGUGAACUGUGGUUUGGGAAUUCUAAGUCUGGGAAAUUCUGGAGGCGGCCUUGGAAUUUGAUGGACAGCAUGGACAACCAAGCAGGACUGUUCUGGGAAGAAUCUGCUCAAGGAAAAGGGAAAGGCAAAUUUUUAAGAAUGGAAUGUAUCUUUUCAUCUUUUCUUUUUCAUCAAACUCUGUGGACCCGCCCACUUCACUUAACCAACCGAUUGUUGGAUUGAGUUUUAACUAACCAGACUCUCCCAUAAUGUCUCUUUUGUCAUAGAGACUUAACAACUUCAAUUUACUGAAACUGAUGGUACAUUGUUCAAUAACACUGUUGUGUUUAUGUCUUCUAGCAUUUUCAUUAUUUUGUAAUGUGGUGUUUUUAUAAAAAUGGCUACUGAAAAAUGACUGUUAGCUGCACCAUUGGUUAAACUAUUCUAGUACUGUUGAACCAACACUUACCUGUUUGUGACCUCAGCAUGCUGUUCAUUACUCUGAUUUAGUCACAGUGCACUUCCUACACUUAGGCUAAGACAAGGUUCAAAUGCUCCUUUUUUUAACCUGUUAUUUAGUGGUGGUUUUCUUCUUCUUUUUUUUUUUUUCUUCAUAUUUUUUCACAGUCUCAUUGACUUAUUAAACUAUUGCACAUCAAACUUCUCAGAGAUGCCAAACACACAAACUAGAUUGACAUCAAUAGGGCUAAUGCUAGGUUCAGAUACAUUAACAACUGACAUUGGUAGUUAUGUAAGCUAAUGGAUAGACAGCUAACAAAUAAAUUCUUUUAUCAACAGUUGCCCAUGGGGUAACAGCAACUUUUACAUUCUUGUUUCUGUAAGUUUCCCAGCUUUUGCUGAGGUCCCAAAUGGGGCUACCUUUAGCAACAUGCUAAAAGCUAACAAAGCAGAUUGAUGCUAAUCUUCCGCUAAGCUAUAGUUCUUGUAAUACAGCAAAGCAAUUAAUGGCUAAUUAUAGCUCCAGUAGUUUUAUUGCUUUAAUGUUGAUAAAUAUAUACUAACCACUUAACUCAUGCUAUAACUAGUAGUACAUUAUCCUAAUACAGUAUUUUUGUUAAACCAAUUAAAUCUAAUAUUCUGCUGCUAAGCCAAGCUUGCAUAGUGAUGUUAACAGUUGUUUAUGUAAUAUUCAUCAAGUACAGCUCAAGAGAGGUUCUGGCAGCAAUGCCAAGUCUGGGUAAUAUGGUAGCUGUAACUUACAAUGCAAAAAAAAUAAUUAUUUUUUCUUGACAUAAAUCACCUUUAUGUCAACACUUAAAAAGACCAAUGAAUAAUACAUUAAAUAAAUAAAUAAACAAAUAAAAAUACACAGGGAAAUGGAAAAUGGUGGCUUACAAGGUAUCUCACAAGUAGUGUUUUUAAUUGUUAAAUUAAAAGUCAAAA